CGAGAAAACAUCGUCUCUACUAUUACAAGCCCAACUAGAAAACCACGUUGUGAAAACAUUCCCUGUUCCACUCAUUACUGAGAGUUGGUGGAAUUGGGAGUGCUUGGCGACUUGGAUAUGAAUCCUCAAGCGAAAGAGUUUGUUCCUAAAAGCUUUCUUUCAAAGGACUUAGAUGAACCUAUUUCCAAUGGCGAAGUAGAUACGGAAACUUUGCCAAAGAAACCUCUCGUCACUGGUUUCCAAGAGUCUUGGGAAGACAACUUGGUGAGCAGUGAGGAACAAUCACGAAAUACAAAGAAACAUGAAAGCGACCAGGAUACUCUGAGUGGCCAGUUACAGUCGAUGAGUGUUCAGGAACCACCAAAGAAGAUAGAUGAGCACAGUUCAGAAGGAACAUGGGAAGAGGAAGAAUAUGAGCAGAGAACCAGGAAUGCAAACUUUGACUCUUCCUCAAGAAAACACGUUAAUAUUGUCUUUAUUGGUCACGUGGAUGCCGGAAAAUCUACCGUCUCCGGACACAUUCUAUAUUUAACUGGAAUGGUUGACGACAGAACCAUGGAAAAGUUUGAGAGAGAGGCAAAAGCCAAGAAUCGUGAAACUUGGAAGUAUGCUUGGGCGUUGGACACAACAGAACAGGAGCGUGCAAAAGGAAAGACAGAAGAGUGUGGAAGAGCAGAGUUUCUGACUGAACAUAAGCAUUUCACUAUUUUAGACGCUCCCGGUCACAAAAACUUUGUGCCGCAAAUGAUCGGUGGUGCAACACAAGCUGAUAUUGCAGUUCUCGUAAUUUCCGCCCGUAAAGGAGAAUUUGAAACAGGCUUUGAACGUGGAGGUCAGACAAGAGAACAUGCUAUGUUGGCAAAAACAGCAGGAGUCCGACAACUAAUAGUUGCCGUGAAUAAGAUGGACGACCCGAGUAUUUUGAAUCCCGAUGGUACUUGGAACAAAGCUCGAUAUGAUGAAUGUUGUGAGAAAUUGUUACCUUUUCUAAAGCAGAUUGGUUGGAAGCCUCAAGACAUCUACUGGAUUCCUAUUUCUGGUUACACUGGUCAGAAUCUGCUGGAGAAGGUAGAUCCAGCGAUAUGCAAUUGGUACACGAAUGGUCCUCUAUUAACGAUAUUGGACGAACUUAAACCUCCGCAGAGGGUACAUGAUUCGAAAGUGCGAAUGCCAGUUACAGACAAAUACAAAGAGAUGGGAACCGUAGUGUGCGGAAAAUUAGAAGCUGGAGUGAUAACUAGAGAUCAACAUCUCUUUAUGAUGCCUAACCGGGUUGAAGUUGUUGUGGAUGCAAUAUUCAUCGAAAGUACUGAAGUAGAAAGAGCAGAACCUGGAGAUAAUGUUCGUAUUAGAAUAAAGGGAAUUGAGGAAGAAGAUAUUCGAAUGGGGUUUGUGUUAUGUGAGGCUGACGCGCUGGUUCAAGGAAGCUCUUUGUUUGAUGCUCAGAUUAUGCUUUUAGACUAUAAGAACAUCAUUUGUGCAGGAUAUAGUUGUGUUAUGCAUGUACAUGCGGCGGUCGAGGAAUGCACAAUUGAAAAAUUGUUGGCACAAGUUGAUCGUAAAACGAACCAAGUGGUACAAAAACGACCAAAAUUCUUAAAACCAGGAAUGGCAGCCAUUGCUCGCAUGUCCGUUGCUCAACCAGUCUGUAUUUUGCCCUUCAAAGAAUUUCCGCAGUUGGGUCGAUUCAUCCUUCGUGACGAAGGAAAAACAGUUGCAGUAGGAGUCAUUCAAAAAGUUGGAAAUACCAUUAGUGCAGAUUAGCAUGUAAGUAUACAUGAAUAGAUAAACGACACAGUUGCUGGAUAGUUUGGAAAUUUCAGCAUUGAAUAUUGGAAU